CAGUCAAUAGGACCCGCGACGUCCUGAAGGUUAGAGCGGCAGGUUGCCGCAGGAAUCGAAUUUAUUUUGCGGAGCUGAAAACGGAUUCGCGGACUGCCAAUCGGUGCACUUCGCUGGAAAAGCGUUUUUCUCAAAUGAAAAUUUUAAUGGAUGGGAAUCGAUUUUUAUCGAAGUUUUGAGUUGUGAUCCGAGUGAAGGUUGAGACUUAACAAGUUUUUUUCGAAAGUUUUCGUGAUUGUUGAUGACAGUGAUUGAUCUGUGCAAGUUUUUGAAACUUUGUGCUACAAGAAUCAUUCGAAGAAGAGUGCAGUUGAACCUGGAUUAACCGUGAAAGAUAUCUGUGGCAGUGUUAGUUUGAUGUUAGUGAAUCUUUUCAUGAUUGAAUGAUCGUAUGAAGUUCUCAACUACACUUGCAGAAAUCUCACUGGUCGAUCAGACUUCUAACAAACUAGAGCUGAAUGGACCAAUCCAUUGAAACCUAUUAUGAUUGCUGACUAAGUUACUUCUUCUCAAGAAAGCACCAUGUGGCUUCAACAUUUCUGUCUGCUGCUUAUAUAUUGGAUAGCACCUGCUCUUCUGAGUCAGCAAACAAACACAAAACAGAACGAUCUUCAGAAAUACUCGGAAUGGAAACAACUUUGGUAUCCGAAUCUGGAGGAACUUGCAAAAGCGGAGGCGAGUCUCGCUUCUGACAACAACACAGUCACUAACAUCACUGUACAGCUAGGUGCCACAGCAUUUCUUCAUUGCCAUGUGAGGAACUCUCAUGAUAGAACGUUAGCAGGCUCAGAGCAAGUGUCCUGGGUGAGGAGGAGAGAUUGGCAUAUCCUGUCUUCAGGAGUGUUCACUUACACCAACGACGAGCGCUUCCAGAUUCUCCACAGCGAAGGUUCAGACGACUGGACCCUGCAGAUCAAGUAUGUGCAAAAAAGGGACAACGGUACUUACGAGUGCCAGAUUUCCAGCAAUUCGGGGUUGAUAUCUCAUUUUGUCAAUCUACAAAUCGUAAUACCAGAGGCCACAAUACAAGGAAGCAAAUCGGGCGAACAUCAUGUUGAUGUUGGCAGCGUCAUCGAUCUGCUGUGUAUCAUAGAGAAGAGUCCCACUCCACCCCAAUACGUAUUUUGGUACCAUAAUGAGCAUAUGAUAAAUUAUGACACAGCAAGAGGAGGAAUUACGGUAGAUACGGUACCAGGUCCUCGGACUCAAAGUCGCCUCACAAUCCGAGACACAAAUGAUGCAGAUUCUGGAAAUUAUACCUGCUCUGCCUCCAACACAGAGCCUGCUUCCAUUUAUGUUUUCGUCUCAGAAGGUGACAACGUAGAUGCCAUCCUGAUGCGUGGAUCCUGCUCGAUGUGCAUAACACACAAACUGAUGGUGUUAGUUAUCGUUCUCGCCACUAUAGUUCGAUAGAAUAAAACGGUUGUCACCGAUCUGCGACCCGAGAAAAGGAUGGACACGUAAGCCUCGUGUGAUAUGGUGGAGUGAAAAGUUGAAAAGUCUGGUGAUAUAGAACGACCGAUUCUACAUGUGAUUCAUUACCGAAAAAAUUCUGAUUACUAAAGGUGCGUUUUCUCCUCAAGCGCGUUGAUAUUAUUUGAUUGAUGUUCGAUUCGAUACCUACCUGUCAUCUGUCAUUCAUGAAGUUCCGAUUGAACCUGAUGACCUUUCAGUUCAGAAAUAUCGAAUUCCGCCUAACCUGCCGAAUAAGCAAUUUGGCAAGAAACAAUUGAUCCUAUAGUCUCAUUCGAAAUAAAAUACCGAAGAGAUUACAUAUUUGUUUUUUGAAAAACGACGAACUGUUUUCUUCAAAAACAUUUACCAUCUUCAAAUGCUCACUCUUUUUUAGCUGAAAAACUGUUACAGAUAAUUCAAGAUGUGAAAAUGAUCAUAUGGCAACAAAGCAAAAUAUUCGUCUAAUGAUCAAAUGAUGUCUUACAAAAAACAUAACUUCUUUGCUUUCGGCAGUAUUCUCUGAAUUCGAAAUAUUAAAACACAAAUUUAUCGUUUGCUGAAAAAAAUUUUCAUCUCUAUCUCCAUUUUUUCUUGAUAAUAUUUAUAUACUUAUUCGAAAUAUAUCGAGGAACUAUAUUUGAGCACUGCUGCAUAAAAAUCCAUUUGAUUUUCAAUAUCAAAUAUGAAGAAGUUUCAUUAAAAAAACUACCCCAAUACAAUACAAUACAAUAAUUUUGCCAACAAAUUAUUUUUUUUUGUAUCAGCAGGUAAUUUGCGCCCCCAAUUUGGAAACAAAUUCGAGUAAAAAUGUAUAAAUAUCAACAUGAUCUAGAAGUUAAUUUCGAAUUUCAUUUCUGCAAUUCGCUUGGAUUGCAUACAUUUUAAUCAAAUUCAAUGAUAAUGAUGAUAUUUUUUAAAUACCUACAAUUGUUGACUGCCUAGACGUUAUAUCGCCUGUUUGCAAAAUAUUUUCAGAUCUUUAAACUUUGUUAGGUACUGUCAAACUUGAGAACAACUCCAUGCACCUUUAUCUGUAUUUAAUAGCGAACUUAAUUCAAACGUUCAGUUGAAUAUUUCAGUGCGUGUAUAUUCCUAAUGAAUGGUUUAGGGAACCCUCCUGUAACUCAGUAAUAAAUCUGAAGUAAGACAGUUAUUAUGCUAUAAUUCCGUAAAGCGUGAAACUUGUGAACAACUAGUUUAAUUAAAUUGUAAAACUUAGUUAACGCGUUCUAUGGAAUUUUCAAUUCGACUUCACCAAUAAAGACAAUUCAACUGAGACGUGGAAUCCGUAUAGCAAAAUUGUCGACGAUGAAAAUAAUGACUCUGCCACAAUUAUUCCUACUCAGUGCUGAAAUUCGAAAGAAAGCGGAAAAUAGGAAGUAAAGGUGAUAUUUUCAUCAACUCUCCAAUAGGAAACUUCUGUCCAGUUU